CUAGUCGAUUUCAAUUCAAAGAAGCAAAAUUGACAUCAAACUCGAUCAAUACACUUAAAUAAACCCCAAAUUUUUAACCCUAAUUUCUUAAAUUCCCUCCCUGAUUCAAAUCUUACUUUGCAAACUAAGGAAAAAUCCAGCCAUGGGAAACACCGAGAAGCUCCUGAACCAGAUCAUGGAGCUGAAGUUCACGUCCAAAACGCUGCAACGCCAGGCGAGGAAGUGCGAGAAGGAUGAGAAAUCCGAGAAAUUGAAGGUGAAGAAGGCGAUCGAGAAAGGUAACAUGGAUGGGGCUCGGAUCUACGCCGAGAAUGCUAUCCGCAAGCGCACUGAACAGGUGAACUACCUCCGGCUCGCCUCCCGACUCGAUGCUGUGGUUUCCAGACUCGAUACUCAGGCUAAGAUGAUCAGCAUCAACAAGUCCAUGGCUAAUAUCGUCAAGUCAUUUGAAUCUACCUUGGCCACCGUCAACUUGCAGAAAAUGUCUGAGACAAUGGAUCAAUUUGAGAAGCAGUUUGUAAAUAUGGAGGUUCAGGCAGAGUUUGUGGAGAGUGCUAUGGCUGGCUCCACUUCAUUAUCCACACAAGAAGGUGAUGUCAACAGCUUGAUGCAGCAAGUGGCUGAUGACUAUGGGUUGGAGAUUUCCGUUGGUUUGCCGCAGCCGGCUACCCAUGCCAUUCCAACGAAGACACAGGAGAAGGUUGAAGAGGAUGGUUUGUCUAGGCGGCUUGAGGAGCUCAAAGCUAGAGGUUAAAGAAAAUGUUGCAAAUAUAAUAGACAAUAAUAUUUCUGAUUCUAAUUGCAGCGUAAAGAUCAUAUUCUAUGUGUACAUUUGACUGAAUUCGAUUUCUUUUCGAAUUUUAUAUGCUGUUUGUUUUU